CCAUAUCAUACCGCCCCAGCUAAAUUGCUAUGGAUACAGUUGGAAGAAGUGACGCUUGUCAUGAAUGUAAUGACGCAUAUUUGAUUUCCAAUACCCUAACAUGAGAUAGCAAAGAUGGAUUCUAAGCUGAACUGCGAUCCCCUUGGUUUCAGGGACAAGAUGGAAUCUAAGCAGGACUGUGAUCCAGUUGGUUUUAGGGACCUAGUGUUAGGUGAGACUGAGUCCCUUCCAGAUCAAGAAUCAAACACAGUGAGGAUAUUCCUUAGUUCAACUUUCACAGACAUGAAGGAGGAAAGGAAUAAGUUAAUCAGGGAGGUGUUUCCAGAGCUUGGUAGAUACUGCCAUGAAAAGAUGCUUGAGUUUGAAGUGGUUGAUAUGAGAUGGGGUGUACGAGAUAGUGCCACAGCAGAUCACCUGACAUCAUUCCUGUGCCUUAAUGAAAUUGACAGGUGUAAACGUAUGUCUCAGGGACCUUACUUCGUGGGUAUCUUGGGUGAUAAGUAUGGCUACCGGCCACUCAAUGCCACCAUUUCGUCAGGCAUGUUUGAAAAGCUCAUGGAUACUGUCUCAAAAGAUGACAGCAUCUCGGCAGAAGAUGUAGAUCUCAUACGGAAGUGGUAUGUAGAAGACACCAAUGCUAUUCCACCUGUCUACGUACUGCAGCCUAUCACUGUCCACCUUCCUGACUACUAUGAUUCUAGUGAUUCACAGAAGCAGAGUGAGACAAGACAGAAGUGGUGGGUGGUCUUUGAUAAGAUGAGGAAGGUGUUUGAUUUGGCUGCCACCUUGGCUAGACAAGAAGGUGUCUUCACUGAGGAGGAAAUGCAUGAACUUGUUAUGUCUGUGACUGAAGAGGAAAUUCGUCAUGGAUUGAAAGACAAUACCAAUGUUGAAGAUACUUGUAUCUUCUUCACCAGAGACUUCAAAGAUAUGGAACCAUCUUAUAAGCAGAAAGAUGCUUUGUCUAAGUUUACUGACAUUCAAACUGAUGAUGACAAUCAAACUCUAGAGUUUGUUGAGCAGUCGCAGACGUUACUCACAAGGCUGAAGAAAGAAUACAUUCCCGGUGUGGUACCAUCCCAAGCACUUCAUACCUUCACUGUACCAUGGUGUGAUAAAGGAAUUGACCCAAUUGGUUGCCCAGGGCAUGCAGAAUACCUUGAGCAGAUGUGUGAGAUCUUUGAACACAGAAUGAAGGCCAUGAUAGACAAGAAGUGGGAAGCUCAAAGGUCAAAGGUUGUGAAUCCAGUCAAAAGUCAGCUCCAGAGAGAACUGCUACAUCAUGCAUUCUUUUGUAAAACAAAAUGCAGUGCCUUUCAAGGAAGGGAAGAUAUCCUAUCAUCCAUCAGGUCCUACCUCUCUUCAAACAUGUCCAAGCCCCUAGUUGUCCAUGGUAUAUCGGGAUCUGGGAAGACAUCGGUCAUGGCUAUGGUUGCAAGGCACUCAAGAGAAUGGAUUGAAGGAUGUGUGACUGUACUCAGGUUUCUAGGGACAUCAGCCAACAGCUCUACCAUCCAUGCCACAUUGCAGAGCAUGUGUAAACAGAUUUGCUAUGCUUAUGGUGCACCACCGCUCCUAUCCAACCACUCAAGAGAUUUCUCAGAACUGGUUCAGCUCUUCAAUAAGUUGAUUGAAAUGCUUCCAACCAAAGAUAAACCACUCCUGCUGCUGUUUGACAGUAUUGACCAGCUCAGUUCCAAUAACAACGCCCAUAAGAUGAACUGGCUUCUAAAAACACUCCCAGAACAUGUCCAUGUUGUUGUGUCUAUGCUGCCUCAUGAACACAACAUUCUGGACAACAUCAAGAAGACCCUGACAGAUCCUAGGUGCUAUAUUUGCAUGGAAGUUGUUGGUGAAGAGAAUGGAAUUGCCAUCAUGAAUGGCUGGUUGAAAGAAAGAAAACGGAGGUUAAAUGAUCAACAAGUAAAAGUGGUAACUGAUGCUUUCAGUAAGAGCCCUCAGCCACUCUUUCUUAAGCUACUGUUUGAGGAGUUCGUAACAUGGCCAUCGUACAAGUCAGUAGAAGAUGUUAAACUUCCUACCACUGUAGUGGAUGCUAUCAAUGUGAUGUUUCAGGAUCUUGAAGAUCGUCAUGGGCUUAUCUUUGUAGCUCAUGCACUGGGUUACCUCACUGCAGGAAAGAGUGGUCUAACUGAAGCAGAGAUAGAGGAUGUCCUAUCUUGUGAUGAUAAAGUUCUCAAUGAUGUCUAUCAGUACUGGGAUCCUCCAGUGGAAGGGGUUGUUCGUAUUCCGCCUUCAGUCUGGAAGAGGUUGCAUCAAGACAUCGGGGAAUUCAUUACAGAACGACAGGCUGGUGGAAAAACAGUGAUUGCUUGGUAUCAUAGACAGUUCAUUGAAACUGCAGAAAGGCGUUACCUUGGUGACCCACAGUCCAAAAUGGACAGACACAAAGUUCUUGCAGAUAUGUUUCUUGGAGAAUACAGCAGAGGGAAAAUCAGGCCAAUUCGACUUGAGAGGCGCAAAAAGGAUUUCCCAAAUGCAGACCGUCUUGUCUCACCUCAACCCCUUAUGUUUGGGGAGAAUGUCUUCAAUCUCAGAAAACUGCAUGAGCUACCUUUCCAUCUGAUGCAGUGUGAAAUGGUGAAUGGGAUCCCUGAGGGUAUGGUGCAGCAUAUCAUGUACAACUUUGAGUGGAUUCUGACCAAGAUAAGAGCGUUUAGCUUUCUAGAACUUGUGAAUGAUUUCUCCACAUUCGAUGAAGAAAGUGGCAUUCUUCUUGAGGCCUUGUACUUGUCUGGUAGUAAUCUGAAAGAAGACCCUUUCUGUUUAGCAGGCCAGCUUCUUGGGAGGAUGUAUGACCUGAUGGACAAGUACCCCAAUAUAAAAAAAUUACUUGAAGGAGCUAAGUCCUGGGUAAGGACUACCCAGCAUCCUUUAAUCAUUCCUAGAGGAGCAUGUCUGAUCCCUCCUGGAGGACAGUUGAAGACAUCUUUGGCAGGUCACCCAUCAAGAGUAGAGGCUAUUGCUUGCACUGGCAAAGGAGAUGUAAUAGUAACAGCGUGCAAAGAUGCCAAUGACUAUCCCAUGGCUAAUGUUUGGGAUGAAGAAAAUGCAGAGCUCAUACAUACUCUGCAAAUCAGGGCAGGAAGCAAGGCAUCUGGAGCAUUAUCCCUUACCAUCAGUCGUGAUGAUAGAUUUGUUAUCUUUGGUUGUCAGCUGUUGGGAAUGUUUGAACUCACAAGCGGUGAGUGCAUGUGGAAACUUGAGACUGGUGAUAACCAUGCUGUCAGUUCUCUUCAGAUCAAUGAAACUGGUUCACUGGCCAUUGGUGGAUCAGACAAAGGGUCAAAUGUCUAUAUCUGGGACCUCAAUAAUGGACAGCUCUUGACUAAGCUUGAACACCCUAAAACUGCCAACUUUUCCUUCUUUGAAAGUGAUGAUGAAGUACUGACCGGUUGCCAGGAUGGUUUCUUCAGACAUUGGUCCAUCACCUCUAAAGAGUGUCUUCAUUCAUUCCAAGCUCAUAAGAACAAUGACAUGAAAGUGGUUGCCCAUGCAAGGUCUGUGCAGACUCUUGCUUCUGGUGAUAGCAAUGGAUCCAUCAAGCUCUCUAGAUAUGCAUGCAAACCAAGUGGCCCUGAUAUGGUCCUGGAAGGUCACAGGAAAGCUGUUACUUGUCUCUUAGUGUUAUCAGAUGAUUUACUUGCUUCUGGGUCAGCUGAUUUUACUGUUCGUGUCUGGAAUAUGACUGAGGGCUCAGCUUUGUUGAAAUGUCAAGGUCAUGAUGGUAUGGUUACUUGCCUUUGGCACUGGCCAGCAGACCCCAAGGAAACAGGGUCCAAGUCUAUCUUAGUAUCAUGUUCUAAAGAUGACUUUCUGAAGGUUUGGGACCUGGCGCCAAAGGAUGAUAAGUGUCCUCUCAUCACUACACUGGAAGGACAUUCUUCAUGGAUCUCAGAUGUUACUGGAACAAAGAUGAGAGUGCUUUACUCUGCAUCGAAUGAUAAAAGCGCUAAGAUGUGGGUCUAUACCAAGGAAACGAUGAUUAAGAGGGAGAGACACAGUGGACAUGCAGUUGUUGUCAAGUUUACUCCGGAUGACUCCACAGUUAUAACCAGUGGACAAGAGGGAUCCGUUAAGUUCUCUAGUUUCUAUGACUGCCAUGUGACCCGUCGUGAAGCAGGAUUUACCUCCAAGCUGAUCUUCAGCAGAGACGGCAAGAAUUUGAUUGGUGGAUUUAAAGAGGAGGGCAGGCUUCGUGUUUGGAAAUUAGACCAAUCAACAGAGGAAGGUGGAGAUGUGUUUGAUCUUGAAGGUCAUGAGAAAGGCAUCCUAUGGUUGGCAGUUGGACAAGAUAAUGAGGUUGUCUCUGCAUCGCAGGAUAAGAUGAUAAAGGUCUGGGAUUUGGAUACCAAGUCAUGCAGACUUACUUUGAAAGAACAUGAAGCUCCAGUAGGACAUGUAAAGACAGUGACACGAGAGAAAGAUAGUUUCAUAAUAUCAACAGAUGCCAAAGGAGUCCUCAAGUUCUGGAAAUAUGACACAGGAGAAUGUCUUCUAUCUGCCAAAGAGCACAAUGCAUCUAUACGAUGUCUUGCUGUCUCUAGUGAUGGUCGGUAUGCAGUGACGGGUGCCAAUGACAAGCAGAUGAUCCUUUGGUCAUUGUCUCCAAACUCCUUUGGUCAAGUGGUCAAGCGUAUGGCAGUUCAUGUGUCAGAGGUGAUCUGUUGUGCAUUUACUCACGACAGUUCUAAGAUUGUCUGGGGAACCCAUGCUGGUGUGGAGCAGCUUCAUGUCUGGGAUUUUUUGGCUGAUGAUGACCAACUGCUGGUUGGUCACAACCAUGCCAUCAUGGAUAUGUGUAUAUCAUCAGAUGACCAGUAUUUGGUGACUGCAUCCCGUGAUUGUACCUUGAAAGCUUGGCAUCUUCCUACCAUGGAGAUGUUGGCAUCGUUUGAUUGCAAAUCUCAGAUCAAGAAUAUAGACCUUGUCUAUGGCAGUGAGGACCGUUAUCGAUUGGCAGCAGAGAAUAAAUCUGGAACGGUUCUCAUUCUUGAUAUGCUACUAGAGAAAGCAGAUAGAUCUGACAUCAGCUUUGAUCACCAUACCCAGCUCAAUGAGACACACCACAUACUAACCUCAAGUGACCAGAACAAUGGAAAGCACCAGUCAUCACAUACAAACCAGCAAGACAGUGGAUCAGAUAGUGCAUCUUCUAAGAAGUCCAGCAGUAACUCAGGAGGGAAGAAGAGUAGAUCAGCCAUUUGUAUGCUCUACUGAAAACAUUUGAUCCAGUUAUUACAUCAAUGCUCUGAGUCUGACAGUACAGCUUAAGCAAAGUUUAGCAGUUACUUGGAAGAGAAGAAGACUAGAUCGGCUAUCUGUAUGCUCUACUGAGAACAUUUGAUCCAGUUAUUAUAUCAAUGCUGUGAGUCUAAAAGUACAGCUUGAGCGAAUUCUAGCAGUUACUCGAAAGAGAAGAAGACUAGAUCGGCUAUCUGUAUGCUCUACUGAGAACAUUUGAUCGAAUUAUUAAAUCAGUGCUCUGAGUCUUGACAGUACAGCUUAAGCGAAGUUUAGCAGUUACUCGGAAGAGAAGAAGACUAGAUCGGCUAUCUGUAUGCUCUACUGAGAACAUUUGAUCCAGUUAUUACAUCAAUGCUCUGAGUCUGACAGUACAGCUUAAGCAAAGUUUAGCAGUUACUUGGAAGAGAAGAAGACUAGAUCGGCUAUCUGUAUGCUCUACUGAGAACAUUUGAUCCAGUUAUUAUAUCAAUGCUGUGAGUCUAAAAGUACAGCUUGAGCGAAUUCUAGCAGUUACUCGAAAGAGAAGAAGACUAGAUCGGCUAUCUGUAUGCUCUACUGAGAACAUUUGAUCGAAUUAUUAAAUCAGUGCUCUGAGUCUUGACAGUACAGCUUAAGCGAAGUUUAGCAGUUACUCGGAAGAGAAGAAGACUAGAUCGGCUAUCUGUAUGCUCUACUGAGAACAUUUGAUCCAGUUAUUACAUCAAUGCUCUGAGUCUGACAGUACAGCUUAAGCAAAGUUUAGCAGUUACUUGGAAGAGAAGAAGACUAGAUCGGCUAUCUGUAUGCUCUACUGAGAACAUUUGAUCCAGUUAUUAUAUCAAUGCUGUGAGUCUAAAAGUACAGCUUGAGCGAAUUCUAGCAGUUACUCGAAAGAGAAGAAGACUAGAUCGGCUAUCUGUAUGCUCUACUGAGAACAUUUGAUCGAAUUAUUAAAUCAGUGCUCUGAGUCUUGACAGUACAGCUUAAGCGAAGUUUAGCAGUUACUCAGAAGAGAAGAAGACUAGAUCGGCUAUCUGUAUGCUCUACUGAGAACAUUUGAUCCAGUUAUUACAUCAGUGCUCUGAGUCUGACAGUACAGCUUAAGCAAAGUUUAGCAGUUACUUGGAAGAGAAGAAGACUAGAUCAGCUAUCUGUAUGCUCUACUGAGAACAUUUGAUCGAAUUAUUAAAUCAGUGCUCUGAGUCUUGACAGUACAGCUUAAGCGAAGUUUAGCAGUUACUCAGAAGAGAAGAAGACUAGAUCGGCUAUCUGUAUGCUCUACUGAGAACAUUUGAUCCAGUUAUUACAUCAGUGCUCUGAGUCUGACAGUACAGCUUAAGCAAAGUUUAGCAGUUACUUGGAAGAGAAGAAGACUAGAUCAGCUAUCUGUAUGCUCUACUGAGAACAUUUGAUCGAAUUAUUAAAUCAGUGCUCUGAGUCUUGACAGUACAGCUUAAGCGAAGUUUAGCAGUUACUCGGAAGAGAAGAAGACUAGAUCGGCUAUCUGUAUGCUCUACUGAGAACAUUUGAUCCAGUUAUUACAUCAAUGCUCUGAGUCUGACAGUACAGCUUAAGCAAAGUUUAGCAGUUACUUGGAAGAGAAGAAGACUAGAUCAGCUAUCUGAAUGCUCUAUUGAGAACAUUUGAUCCAGUUAUUACAUCAGUGCUCUGAGUCUAAAAGUACAGCUUAAGCAUAGUCUAGCAGUUACUCGGAAGAGAAGAAGACUAGGUUGGCUAUCUGUAUGCUCUAUUGAGAACAUUUGAUCCAGUUAUUACAUCAGUGCUCUGAGUCUGACAGUACAGCUUAACCCUCAAUCUCCUGGGGUAUUCUGAUUCUUGUCAUUCCCGGGGGGGGGGGGGGGGGGGCCAUUAUGGCCCCCCCUUAAGAUCUCAGCCGUGGAUAGCGCGAUCACAACGAAAAUUUGCAUGAUGGUAGAGAAUGACGUAAUCUACGCAGUUGCAUUGGUAAAUUUCACUGAAUUCAUAUAUUUUUAUUUUAUAUGAAUUAAUUAUGCUAAUUUAUUCAUGAAAUCAUACUUUUUGCUCUGAUUCACUAAAUAAAGCUCCUAGAAUGCUAUUUUUUUGUGAAAAUAUUCUUUAUAGCAUUCCUAACAAUUGUGAAUGAAAAAAAUUCUGGUACCAAGACCGAUUUCUUAUGUAUUUUAUUGUUUUUUAAAUUUCUUAUGUAUUUCUUUGUUUUUUAAAUUUUUGUUUUUUAUUGUUUUUUCAAUGGAAAUCGUUCCAGACUUAAUUCUAAUCAUAAACUAGGCAAAAUUAAUUAAGUUUGAUCAUUAAAAGUAGAAAUAAUGAUACAUUUAUGAGUUUUGGCCAAAUACACAAUUUGCAUUGGAUUUGUACAUGAAAUCACAUUUAUGAGCAAUUUUGGGUCUGACAUGCACUUACAUAAUGUUGCGUAAUGUCGUAACCGCGUACCCGGGCGUCACAAAUUUGGUCUCAAAAUUUGCGCAAGACUUGAAAGUAAAAAGUCAGUGAGCGGCGAGGUCAAAAAAUUUUGCGCAGCAGAUAUAUCACAAAAAUUGUAGAGGGGGGGCCAUAAUGGCCCCCCCCCCCCCCGGAGAAUUAGGGUUAAGCAAAGUUUAGCAGUUACUCGGAAGAGAAGAAGACUAGGUCGGUUAUCUGUAUGCUCUAUUGAGAACAUUUGAUCCAGUCACUACGUCAAUGCUAUUGUCCUGACAAUAUAACUUCGAAGUCUAAAAGUAAUUCAGAGGGGGAGAAGAGUAGGUCAGCCAUAAUCAUGCUCUACUAAAAACAUUUAAUCCAGUCAUUCUGUUGGACGCAGCAAGAGAAAGGGUCUAACAGCCUAGCAUCAAAGAAAUCCAACAGGAGCUGAAAUGAGAAGAAAUGAAGAUAUGUCAUGUAGCCUUCUCCAUGAAGGUUUUGUGCGAGAAUUCAAUGGUAUUUAUGAAUAUGAAUUCGUCUUCGUCAUUUCUUCAUUCAUUUUGCUGCAGGUCAAACAAUUUAGCAAAGAAAGGUAAGUCAUUUGUGGUGGGCCUUAUGCCAUAUUCCUUUAUCAUUGAAAAGAAAGGGAUCAAAGAAUUGUACUUUUGGGGUUGUAUUUUGUACCAAUAUGCAUGAUUCAUUGGAUGUGUGCAAUGAACUAUGCAUUUAAAUCAUUUCAUUUGAACCGUAUGAGGAAUCUUCUUGAAUGUAAAUCAUACUUGUACGAGAUAGGGAUAUAUAUGAAGAGAUUGCUGCAAUAAUAUUCUAGUAGUGUUCCAUUAUAUUGUGAGUGAAAUAUGCUUGAGAUCCGUCCAAAACUUCUUGAAUAUCUUAAUGCAUGUGUUUGAAAGAAUGCCAAAACGAUGCUUCAUGUUUCGAUGUGCUUAGUACUGCAAUUUUCAUUUUUAUUAUCAAUUUCACUGUCUUUCACAUCUAAAGUUUUGUGCAUUUGUUAUGAAAAUGUUUCUCUUUCUCUUUGUCACAUUCUAUGAUUGCAUAAUGUAUUCAAAUGAUUUUAUGAUAAAGUUUCCAUUUAUACAGGGUGAACAUUCGUACCAGUUCAGUCUUGUACUGCAGGAAGUAUGAUUACAUGUAUAGUGGUUGUGUGUGUAAUAUAAAUGAACAGUGUAUUCUUAGAAAUGAACCAGAGAUACAUGUAUAAUAUGUUGUAAUGUCAUUGAUGCAUGUUUUAUUUAUUUUUAAUCCAUACAUGGUCAUGUAUAAAUGAUGCCAGACACACAUAAAGAAUAAUAAUAAUAUCAUUAUUAUUAUUAUCAUUAUUAAAAAUUUAAAAACACAAUAAUAUCAAGAUACAUUUACAUGUGUUUGUACAUUUGUAAAUAAACAAAUCAAAAAGAAAAUGUCAAUUUCUUUGAUUUUGAGAAAUGUUGUAAAAUAACAGACGUCUACAUUGACAUAUUUAGAAAUGUAUUGUUUUUGGAAUACUACCUUAGCAAUUAAAUAAUCCAGUGAAGAAUUACUUUUGAAUAUGAACAUAUCAAAUCAUUCUAUCUUCUCAAAAUAGAAGAUUGGUAUGAAUAUGUAGGUGGAGUGCCACCCUUGAGUUUUCCACAUCUCUUGUACAACGAAUAGUUUCGUUAUUCUCCUGUACUUGGGACUUGUAUCUGAUAUCAUGUUCAAGGACCUAUGUUAUCUCUGUGAUAUUUCCUACUUACAUGUAACAUGCACCCCUAUAACAACAAAAACAUAGCAAGUGACAAGUGACAUUUUUUCUAAAAGUUCAGAAUGUGUCUUUUGUCUAUACUGAUAUCAUUUAAAUACCUCAUCUUGACCAGCAUAUCUCUUCUCUGGAAGAGUAUCAGUGGAUUAAUUUUUGCCCAGAAGAAAAGCACAUUAAGUAGAAUAUCAAAAAUAUGGAUACUUGUACAUAGUUUAAUUGACUUAAGCUUGUCACUUGUUUCCUUUUGUACUUAAAGGGCAUUAUGAAACAAGACAAAUACAAUGUACGCAGUUUCAGUUGUCUUUCUGGUAAUGAUGAGUCAUACAUACAGAGCAUUUCAUUGUACAAAAAUGUAUCACUGUAUAUAAUAAUUGCAGUGUAAAGAGCUCUGAAAACAAAGUAUUAAGUGCUAUAUAUUUGUAAAUAGAGUUUGAUUGACGUGACACUUGUUUCCUUUUAUCGUUAAAGGGCAUUAUGAAAAAGGGAAAGCACAAUGUAGGCAGUAUCAGUUGUCUUCCUGGUAAUGAUGAGUCAUAUGUACAGUGCAUGUCAUUGUACAUACUAAUGUUUAUUCACAGUAUGUAUGAAUGUAUUGUAGAUUUAUAGAAAUUGAACAAGUGCACUCAUAAAUAUCUCUAUAAUCACAAGUUGGAUUUCAUCACUUGCAUUCUAUAAUGGAUUUUAUUGUGAUAUAAUGUGAUCUUUAAAAACCUUGCAAUCAUUUACCUACCUUGCUUUCAAGUACAUGUAGUUUUCUACUUAAAUAUUUCAUAGAUUUUUUAUUCUCUUAUAUAUUUUGAACAUUUCCUUUCAUGAACUUAAUGGAAAAUAUUUCUUGUGCAAUAGUAGUGAUAAUAUCAAGCUCUGUCAAAAUUAGAUAAGAUUAAGUCUUUUCUUGUAAAUUUUUGCCUUGUAUCUUGGAAAAUAUAUAAUUUAACAGGGAAUAUGUAUAUUUUUAUACAUAUGUCAGAAUGAACAAACAACUACAAAUUUGGCUUUACAAUGAGUCAAAGGCUAAAAUCUUCUUGAAAUUGUAAAUUCUUGUAAAUCUCAUGUAUUAUAAUAAUACAUGUACAUGUAAUUAUGAAAAUGAAAAGGACAGGGGUGCAGUACAAAGCAGCCACAAAUGCAGUAAAAGAUAAUUUCUGUAAUGCAGUUGUGUUUUAAUGUUGAAAAAUUACAAAGAUGCAAAGGAAAGGGUCACACUCAAACAUGACACUUUGUACAUAAUCAGUUCUAAAGCUAAUUAUUUUACAUGUACAAGAUAUUUUAUUUUGUCUUCAUAAACAUGAUUACAAAGAUUUUUUUUCCCACUGGUAUAAUUAUAGUAAUAUAACAUGCAUGAACAAAACAAAACAAAGAAACAAAUUACUCAGGUAUGAAUAUAUCAUGCAGAUAUAACAAAUCAUCUAAACAAAAUUGAGUCCAGAAUACUUAAUUAUUAUUCAAAUCAUUAUUGAAGACACAUCUUUGUUGGGAAGCAAUUAAGUACAUCAUCAUUUUAAGUGUUUAGUGUAAGCAAAGUGCAGUAGAAAUAUACAGUGGCUUUGCUAUACAAAUUCAUCAUCAUCUUUGUCACAACACAUUUUUAUUGAUGCUUAGAAUUAAUCAAUCAGGAUUAUAAUCUGUAUAUAUGUAGACAUAGAUAACAGACAAAUUGAUAUUUGUAGUUAUUUAUCAUGUAUUUUCUUAUUUCAAUAUACUAUGAUAUUGUGUGAACAAUUGUAUUUGUAUUCAAAAUAUUCAUUUGUGGUUUUGACUGAAUAAAAAACAAUGAUUGGUGUAGGUGUUUGAUGUCAUAUUACAUUCCAUUCUUUUAUUUAUAAAUCAUCAAUUUAAUCCUAGUGUUAUCACAUCAUCAUAUUGAAUAUCAAUUGAGAAUAAUAAAUUGACUAGAUGAUUAAUGACUUUCAUGGUUUCAUUGUGGGUUCUGUGACAUUUGCUUUUAUGACAAUACCUCCCAUUGAUAAUUCACACAUUAAGCCAAACAUUAACCUACUUGACCUUAACCUUAAUCCCAAUCCUCACAUAAUUCUAAACUGCAAACCCUAUAACAACCCUCACCUAAUAUCUCCAGAGAUAUUAGAGGAGGAGCAAGAGUCAGAAGAUCAAAUGAUGUGUUACCUUCAUUGUGAUAUUGUAAACCAAAUCUAUUCUAAUAUUUUGUGAAAUGAAUUAAAUUCAGAAGUGAAAUUGA